UGGAGAUGGACAAAUGCCAGCUGCAAGAAGAGCUGGCAAAACUCCGGCAUCAUUUGGAGACUGACUUGGUGGAUCGCAGCCAACUGGAACAAUGGAAAAAAGAGGUGGAAGAGCAAGCCGACCGGGAACUCAGACAAAAACUCCAGGAAGUCAAUGAGUUUUUGCAAGCACAGGCAGCCCACCAGGACACAUUAGAAAAAAUCCGAAGCAGUCAUCUGGACUCCCUGAAAAACCAGUUAGAAGAGAGAAUUAGAGAUCUUGACCGUGCACUGGGAAGGAUAAGAAGCAACCAAGCAGAAAGACCUUUUCAAAAAGAAUCCACCCAGGCAGAAGUGGAAAAGUAUAAAGAGCUGUAUGUGGUGGAAGCAAAAAGCAGAAAAAGCCUAGCCAAGAGACUGGAAAGAGCUAAUGAGAGACUUGCAGAGGCCAACACCAAGCUCCUUUGGGAGCGCCACAGAAGCAGAUCUGCAGUCCCAAGCAGCGCCGUCAUCGGACACCUGACUGCAAGUCCACUUCUGGAUUCAACUGGCCUGGGACGUCAUGGCAUCAGUUUGGGACCGAGCAGAAGCCUGGGUCUCAGGCAUCUGUGGUAAAGUGGAAGACUUCUGGUCAUCAGGUUUGUCCAAAUUUUCCAGAGUGGUCCAAGGCCCAAAAAUACGGAACUGGAAGCAAUGAGCUGUGGAACUCCAUUCUUUGACAAGAGAAACCGUGGGAAAGAGCACUGUGGCGCAGGAACCUCCCCCCUAAGUUCUCCACUAAAUUGACACGGAGGGUGUGUGUGACCUAUUUGAAAUGGCUGAUGUCACCGUGAGUGCCAAAUGCCACCAGACAUCUGUGAGACACCUUUUUCUUCAUCAGUAAUCUUCGUUCUAGCAGUUUCUUCCCUGGACCUUGCUUUAAUAUGUUACUCUGGAUAGGAGGCAUUUGCUGGUGUAGUUCCUGCUACGUCUUCCUCCAUGAAACAGCAGAGCUCCCUACUCCUUGGGAAGUCUUCACGGCCUUCUAAUUUUGCAGCAAUGCUGCAAGCUCUGCAAUACCGCUGGUCCGAGUAUGCCCUGUAGUCAGCAGUCAGUGUGAUAGCACAUCCCUGCCAGAAUGCAGAGCAUGAUAGCAGGAGACGUGGAAACCACCCGCCAGGAGUUGUAAUCAGCGGGACAGGCGCGUAGCAUGGGAUUGAGGCAUGGGCAAGCAGGAGGCUUGGAA